AUGGAGUUUCGCUUCAACUUACAUCCCCUGUUCCGGUCGCGGAUCGUCCGGAUAAAUAAUUCCCUGCUACCGACCGGCUUCGUUGCACAAUCGCGCCGUGUAGCACUAGAUGCCACCGCACAGAUAUCGGAGAUUAUCAACACGGUUGGGUCACUGUCGGCCCAAGCCCAAGGACUCUCGGUUCCAGUCACGACGGCCCAAAAGCUGCGCAACUCGGACCACCACAUCUACUUGAUGUUCGAAUCGGAUGACAAAAAUGGACUCGUCGUGGGCAUCCUGAAGGUGGGUCGCAAGUCUCUGUACGUGUUUGACCCGUCCGGUGAGACGGUAAACGUGACGGCACCGUGCGUGCUCGACUUUUACGUGCACGAAUCGCGCCAACGCGGCGGACUUGGCCGCGAGCUGUUCGAGCACAUGCUGCAGGAGGAAAACAUCCACCCGGACGAGUUGGCCAUCGACCGGCCGUCCGAGAAGCUGCUCGGGUUCCUGCAGAAACACUACGGACUUUCGAAGAAGAUCCCACAGAUGAACAACUUCGUCGUGUAUGAGGGUUUCUUCGCCAGCAAGGCCCAAAACUCGACCGACAUCGAUGGUCGCCGCAUGCACAUCACUGCUAGUCCUAACACGAACCUGUUCGGGCCGACGUUCACGACAACGAGCGCUGAGGAGCGGCGCAGGUCCACCUCGCAGACCCGGGCCAGUGCCGGUCCGAUGCCGACCAUCGCCCAACCACCCGUCGGUCGGUACGCGGCCAAGCGACCAACCUGCAGCAUGGCACAGAUAAUUCACAACAGCCCCACGACAGUAUCGACGGAACCGAACAGCACUAACGCCACUAACACGAGCGCUAACGGGCACGCAGCUAAUGGCAACAGCAGCAGCGAGCACGACCACGACGACAACGACGACGACGACCAGCACCGGUACGAGGCGGAUUCGAUCGAUGGCCACGGAGACGGUGGUGCUGACGACGAUGGCCACCGAUUGGCCGAUGAGCUAGGACGUGUCGAUCUGCACGGACCCCCCGUACCGGGUGACGAAACCGCACAUGCACACGCACACGAGGUGACAUUUGCGGAUGAACCUGACACGCUGGCGUACGAAGACAUGCCCGAGCCCGGUCCCGACCCGGAUCCGUACGAUUUCCAUCCGCACCAUCUCGAGCUGGAGGCGGAAGACGCGCAGUCCUUAUCGCCUCAAUCCGUCAGCCAGCAGGCCACACCCGAGCACCCGAUGGGUGGCGGCAUCCCUGGCCGGAAGCCGGUGCGGUUCAGCAAGCAGCAUACCGGUCUGAAGAACGUCUCGUUUGGUGUUGGGGCGGCCGUUAUGCCGAGCGGCAAGAUGGAGUUCGAUCAGGAGGAAAACGAGGGCUUCGGUUCGGUGAAGAUCAAUCGACCGAUCGGCAAGGCGGGUGGUGGAGGAUCGCGCGGAGAUGACACCGAGUCGGUGCACUCGAAUGGCAGCCAACCCGGUGCGGCCGGUGGUCACUUCGAUCUUAAGUUUUACCACAACAAACUGUGGUAAAAUGUGUGAACGGACGAGCGAGCGUAGUUAGCGGAGCGAAAGAAAGAAAGGCAAAAAGAGGGCCGGUGUGUGAGAUCUAUCUGGAGAAGAUCAUGCAGUAGUACUUCCCCGCGUUGAACCGUGUGUUAAACCGUACCGUAAUGUUGUUGAGUUUGUACACGUUCGUUUUGUUUGUUUGUUGGUUGAUUUUUAGUUGUGUGUUGCUCCCGGAGCGCACACACACACACAUACACGCGUGUGGUUGGUUGAGAGCUUCCGUUUCCGGUAUCGUUUGCUCACCCUUUCGAGGUGUUUGUUAAUCGGAACAACGUCCCCCACCCGUUGUUUAGGUUUUACGCGCUUGGUUUCGUUUGGUUUUCUAUUGUUUACGUUUGUCUGACUCCCCCCACGGUGGGCUGGAUUGUUCUUCGUUGCAGCAAUGUACAGCAGGACUUCUUGAAGGAUUACAUUUUACACUGAGGUGAAAAGGAGAAAGCACGAAAGGCCCCCGCACAUAUGAACACCAUCUUGAGCGAAGGGUGAAAGCCCUCGAACCUGAAAUCAUACACAUCUAUUAGCUUGUAAGCGCACCGAGAGGAUACCGAAGAAGGAUAAGAACUGAAGAGAGAACGAGGGAGAGUGGAAAAGUUCCGUAGCAAGGUGAAAAUAAAGGAGUUACCCGCAGAGAGAGAAAGAAAGCGCGCAACUUCCGCUCGCAAAGCGGAAAAGGAUAUGAUCACGCGUGAUCACCUGAUCGCGAUCGUUUCAAUGGUACAACACAAAUCUUAACCAAAGCAGCAAACCAGUAGCGUCUACGUGCGAUCGGGAACAAUAUUUAAUCCUUUUCGUUUAGGGCGUAAUAGUGUAACAACAUUAGGCAAACUCUCGCUAGCGAAAAAUCCCCAAAUCAUCCCGCGAUCGAAUGUGUAGAGACAACCCGCGACUAAACCGUGUACUAGAACGCUAACGCCAUAUAUUCUGCCAGUCUCUGUAGAGCCCCGCUUUGUCCUCGGUUUGAUUUUUUGUCGUAACCUUCGGAAUCUAAACCAUGAAUGGGCGUUUUGUGACGAAAUAAACGAACAAAAAAUUUAAAC